AUGGCUACUUCUGCAAAAAUUCUGAAGGGCGAAAAGCCAACUGCAACCGAUGACUGGAUCAUUGUUAUGCCACGUCGUGGGAUAAAGACUAGGAGCUUCAACAAGAUUUUGAUCCCAGAACAACAAAGAGAAGAGAAACCAUGGACUCCAAUGGAUCUCGAAACAGAUCCUGUAAGAGAAUCAAAAUUAAUGCAGAAAAUGCAGAUUUGUAUUCAGAAACUCGAGAACACUGAAUUCUUCCGUUCUUUCUUGCACCAAAUGCAAGAUCCUGAUAUGCUGGCUAAGUUUCUUAAGGUGUUGGGUCCAGAAACUAAGAUGGCGAUGGUGAUAUAUGGUAUUGGUAGCAUUGAAUCAUUUGAACCACCUCGUUUGCAACUUAGCCUUGCAAUUUUAAUGAAGAGGAAAUUUGAUUGGAUUGGAGAAAUAGAAGUGUUUGAUCCAAUAAUUUCUUUGACGGAAUCUAAGGUUUUGACAUCCCUGGGAUGUUGUGUUCUAUCAAUCAAUGAGCAAGGUCGCCGACAAGCUUUAAAACCUACACUAUUUUUCAUGCCACACUGCGAGGCUGAGUUAUACGAGAAUCUCUUGCAAGUGAACUGGGGAGUAGAUAAAUUAAAUCGUAUUGUCCUGUUUGGUAAUAGCUUUGAGGCAUAUGAGCACCAUGUAUCGGUGUUUAAGAACUCCGUUAUUGUUAAUUCAAGGAAGCAUAUUCUGGCUGUCAGGAGGUUCACUAAAGAAUUUAUCGUCAGUACUUUUUCAGAUGAUUCUAUUCGAGCCUUUCAUGGUUCGAGUUGGCAUUUUUUUGAUCUCAAUUGUGAGACAGAUUUGCAAACGUUGGACGAUAAGCACUAUAUAAUUGCAUGA